CGGCGACAACGUUUAUAAUAACCAUCUCAGCAUCUGCAAAGCAACAGACUCUUCCCAUCUGCUUGCUUCUCGCGACUUCUAGCUCUACAUAGUGUGCAAGUAUAUAUGUCGCGCGUCGUCUACAUCACUACGGUUUUCGCCCUUUUUCUGUCCAUCAUCGGAUUCUACGCUCCACAGCACUUCACCACCGUCAAAGACUCACUCACAUACAAUAUCAAACUUCAUCUCUACUCUUCUAUACCUCCCCUCAUAACCCCUAAACCCGACACAAACAAUCCAAUGGCUGCUGUUGCUGCAAAGGCUGCUGCAAAGACUGCCAAAGUCACCCUCCACCUGUCAAAGGCCAGAGGCCACGCCGAUUAUGGAUGGCUGCGCACCUUUCACAGCUUCUCCUUCGCCGACUGGUAUGAUCCCAAGUUUACGCACUUUGGAGCUCUGCGCGUCUUGAAUGAAGACCGAGUCAAAGCAAAUUCGGGCUUCCCUACACAUCCCCACCGCGACUUUGAAAUCUUCAGCUACAUUCUGUCUGGAGAGCUCACGCAUCGCGACUCUAUGCUCAAGAAGGGCGCCGAGGGGGGUGAGUCCGACAAGUUUUUCCGUAUGAAGCGCGGCGAUGUUCAGUUCACUACUGGCGGUACCGGCAUCUCUCACAGCGAAUUUAACGAGCAUAAACAAGACACUGCGCACUUUCUCCAGAUUUGGGCCAUGCCUUGGAAGAAGGGGCUCACUCCCCGCUACCACACUAUGCACUUUUCUGAUGAGGAGAAGCGCAAGGGUUUUUUGCCCAUUCUCAGCCCAUUGAAGGCUGGUGAAGAGGCCACUGUUAAGGAGGAGGAAGAGGCCACGCCCGCACUUCCAUCUACCAUUCCCAUUCACGCCGACUUUGUCAUGGCGGCUGGCAUCAUUGCCCCAGGCACAACAUUUGAGUGGGCUGCCGGCGGACACUCUACCAAGCAAAAUCAGAGAAAGGUCUACGUCCAUCUCCCUAUGAAGAGUGGAAAGACUCGCGUUUUCUUGAAUGGCAGGGAGUCAAAGACGCUCAAUGAAGGCGACGGUGCCUUUGUUGAGAACGUCUACGCCGGCGACACCAUUACUGUUACAAGCAACGGUGUCGCGGACGCUGAAGUCAUUAUUCUUGAUACCUGUUAGUUGGAAAUGGGCACUAUGUAUUUUUAUUGGUUAAAUCUUUUUACGAAACGUCACGUUAUGUCAUUGAAGAAAAAGGGAAAAAGAACUACGCCGCAGAGAGCGGUUGUUCAUGGAUUCGUUCAUAGAAACUGCUUUAAUACCAGCUGAAAUUGAGUUCAAAUUAGCACACAAAAAAGUACACUCCAAAACCAGUAAUUUAAUAACCGACAAAUUAAUGUUUGGCUUAGAUUCACAUCGCGCAUGCAGCAUACUCUGUGGCAUUAUGCGUCAUUACAAGGCGAGGCCGUGGUUAUUACCGACGGGAGCACCGCGCUAACACUAGUCGACCAGUUAGCUCCGGAGCAAAGUACGUAAGAGUAGCACGCCUCAUCCCAAGAUUUAAAAUGAGCAGCUGCAGCCGAGGCGCUUACGCAUCGCGCACAACCAAGAAACCACAAAGUGCCCAGUUUCUA